AUGAAUGUGCCAAGCGCAGACCAGCCCCCAGCUGGAUAUAGUGAGGGAUACUCUGCAGAUGUCGACGCCAUUCGCGGCCAAGAGUAUCCUCUCCUUAAUGAAGUGUUGGUCGCCUGGUUAGAGACUACAUAUUUGGAUCACGCUGGCACAACACCCUAUGCUAGAUCCAUGAUCGAGGAAUUCGCGCGGCAAAUGACAUCAGAUUUGUUUGGAAAUCCCCAUUCAAUGUCAUUAUCAUCCCAGCUAUCAACGCAGAAAACGGAUGAUAUCCGUCUUCGUGUUCUUCAAUUCUUUAAUGCCGACCCUGAAGAAUACGAUCUCGUGUUUGUGGCGAACGCAACCGCAGCCAUCAAGAUGGUGGCGGAGGGACUGAGAGAUUCUGACCAUCGUGGAUUCUGGUAUGGCUACCACUCAGAUGCACACACCAGUCUUGUGGGCGUUCGCGAGCUAGCGGAUAUGGGUCAUCACUGUUUUCAGGACGAUGCCGAAGUGGACUCGUGGAUCUCAGAUCUGCCAAACCUUCCGACUAAAGCUCCAAAGUUGCUCGCCUUUCCAGCACAGUCAAAUAUGAAUGGCCGGCGUCUUCCACUCCGCUGGUGUAAAGAACUUCGAUCUGCCGCUCAGACGAUGGAUGGAAAUGUAUUCACCUUGCUUGAUGCUGCUUCUUUCGUGUCAACGGCUCCGCUCGACGUCUCUGCAGUAGCACCCGACUUCGUGGCCUUGAGCUUUUACAAGAUUUUCGGAUUUCCAGAUUUGGGUGCAUUGAUUGUUCGUAAGAAAGCAGCCCGUGUGUUCGAGAGACGCAAGUACUUCGGCGGAGGCACCGUCGAUAUGGUCAUUGCAGCGGGUGCACAGUGGCAUGCGAAGAAGGAGUCUUCAGUACAUGAGCGCUUGGAGGAUGGCACUUUACCGUUUCACAGUAUCAUCGCUCUUGGUGCUGCUUUGGAUACGCAUGAACGACUGUAUGGCUCGAUGGCCAACAUCUCACGACACACGGCCUGCCUGGCAAAGCGGGUGUACGACCGAUUAUCCGUUCUGAGCCAUUGGAAUCAAAAGAACGUGUGUCAAAUUUAUCAGACCGGUGCGCAUUACGGAUGUUCAAGUGCGCAGGGUCCCAUCAUUGCCUUCAAUCUACAAAACAGCAACGGUGAAUUUGUUCCAAAGACCGAGAUCGAAAAGCUCGCAAACGUCCAGAACAUUCAAAUCCGCACUGGAUCUGUUUGUAAUCCUGGGGGUACAGCAAAUGCACUGGGAUGGACAGGCAAGGAUCUACGACGGCAUUAUUCAACAGGUCUUCGGUGUGGGGAUGCCCACGACAUUAUAGGUGGGCGACCGACAGGAAUAGUCCGUGUCAGCCUUGGUGCAAUGACCAACUUGAAGGACAUUGAUUCAUUUGUCGAUUUUAUUGAGGAGUUCUACGUGGAGAAAAUUCCACCGAUUGUUGCACUCGGCACCGACUCCGAGGAGCUUGACGUCGUCGGGCGGCAUUUCUACGUUGAAAGCCUGUCCGUAUUUCCCAUCAAGAGCUGCGCGGCUUUCAAAAUUCCAGAAGGCAAGCGCUGGGAGAUCAAACGAGAAGGGCUCGCAUGGGACCGGGAGUGGUGUCUUAUUCACCAAGGAACCGGAACAGCUUUGAACCAAAAGCGCUACCCCCGCAUGGCUCUGAUUCGCCCUUCCAUCGAUCUUGAUCGCAGUGUGCUACGCAUCACCUGUGGAGUGAUGGCGGAACAAGUGAGCCUGGAGAUUUCGCUCGGUUGGGAAGACACAAGUCUCAUCUCAACAUCUUCAUGCGCCAAUACCAAACGCCCUUCUACGGUGUGUGGUGAUCAAAUCUCACUACAUGCCUAUUCGUCGCCGGUUGUCUCAGCUUUCUUCUCAGACUUCCUUGGAGUCCCAUGCACUCUUGCGAGAUUUCCCACACAAACGGCCAAUCGCUUUGCACGUCCGCGUCGUUCUUCUGGUGUGUGGAGAAGCAGAUUCCGAAAGUUGAUUAUGCCCGGCUCUUUCCCACCAGACCUGCCACCUCCUAUACACGAUGUAGACCAGGUUCCACUCUCACUGUCCAAUGAGUCUCCCCUCCUGAUCGUCUCGCGCUCGUCGGUCAAUCGUCUCAAUGAGACGAUCAAGGCUGGCACCAAAUACGUGAACGGUGGGAAUAAAGCUGUCGCUGCCGAUGUGUUCCGAGGAAAUAUUGUGGUGGCUGAACGACUGAUCAGUCCCAGCGACGCUGAGCAACCGUAUGCCGAGGAUCACUGGUCGUCCAUCCGUGUAGGUCCGGAUCAACUCCGGAUCAACAUCUUGGAUGCAUGCCAGCGAUGUCAAAUGGUCUGCAUCGACCAAUUUACAGGGUUACGGAGUGCGGAGCCCUUCUCGACACUGGCAAAGACGAGGAAUAUCAACGGCAAGGUCUGUUUUGGCAAGUAUGCGGGACUUGCUGCAGAAAACCACAAUCAUCAAUCAGAUCGCAGGACGAUCAUGGUGGGUGAUGUGAUCAUGCCGAUCUACGACCACGAAGAGUAUACCUGA